AAUUUGUGUUCACGUUUUUUCCCGAAGGAUAAACGAUAAAGGACUAGUUGAGAAGUGUUUUCUACUUUAAAUCUCAAAUUGUCAAAUAUCUGAAGUGUAGAUAACGUUUGAUUGCUUCUUCAUUUAAUUUGCUUGAGCAAACAGCGAAGGAAGAAUUAAUCGAAUUUGAAAUUUCUUUCAAUAUCCAGAGAGACUGUAAUUUCUUAGCAAACAUAACAGCACAGACUACGAGAUUUGGAAGACCUCAUUUGUAACUGAAAACGAUAAUGAGUUCAGUAUAUUGCUGUUGACUUGUCAAUGGCCAUACAGCUUUCAGUCAGUUAAUUAUUGCCUCCUGUUAUUGAAAAGGAUCGAUUGGACGAAGAAACAAGAAAGAACUAUUUGUUUUGUGGUACAGACAGAAACGAAGAUAAUUUUGUUCAUGUCUUCAAAGUUGAUCAAAGAAACUAGGAACACUUAAAAUAAGGAUGGAUAUCCUAGAAGAAGAAGAAUUCAACUGGAUAGAUGAAAACUUUUUGAGAAACAGCAGGCCACAAAAAGCAAGUUAUUCCAAUGAAAAGGAUGAAGCCUGGAAGAGAGAGCUAGGACGGCAACAAGAAAGACACGCGUCGUGUGAAAAUGUAUCGUACAGUCACGAGAAGCAAGAUCAUCCUGCAUCAUUUUGUCCUCGAGACAUAAAGGGAAGAAGAUCGGUGAAACUUGAAUUAGAUAGAGAAUAUACAAAAACGGAGAUAUUAGACGUACUUUUUGGCGAUGAAAUGAAUCACAGAAUUUCUGAUUCUUGUGAAACAUUUGUAUUUUCAAACACCCCUACUAAACAGGAUGACCUUGCAGAAAUAGAAAUAAUUGAUCUUUGUGAUUCCGAGGAUGAAUUGCACGAGGAAAAAAGCAUUCCGAAUUUGUGUGGGAUGGCUAAAAUGGAAGCAAACAUCUCCAUUCCUCAAGAUGAGAAAAUCAUUACAGCUUCGGCAGUUGUUUUGACCGACUCUGAAAUCAAGCAAGACCAUCAGGUGUCAGUUAACAACAAUUACUUAACAAGUAAAAUUUCCAAGAUCAUUGAUAGAUUGGCUGUACCCAUCAACUAUGUUCUUGCUGGAUUUGAACAAAUAAUUAGCGCUCUUUCAUUCAGCUCUGACAUGAAGUCUUGCUCUCUUGUUGGGGCCAGUAGUUCAAAAAACAGCAAUAACCUGAAGCCCAAUCCUUCAAUGGCUACUUUGAUGGAUUUGAACACUUUACACCAUGUUUCUCCUAAAGAGACGCUUCACAACGAUUCUCAGCCAACAAAAGAAGAAAAUCUGAUGACUGAGUAUUUAGAAUCGGAGAUUGAUUGUUAUUGCAAUCCGGCGUUCCAUACAUGCCGAAAUGCUCCCUCCAUCAUUGGCGAUAACGCGAGGUCUUAUUCAAGCGAGAUUCGAAGAAAAGAAGGCGAAGUCGCAAGGCAAGCUCCAUAUGUCAAUUUAGACACAAGAAAUUCUCCACAAAAGCACAGUUUGAAAAGUCGUUAUCGAUCUGAUCGUCGUAGUAGCCCUAUGAUGAAUGUGAAAAAUGUCCCUAAAUCCGAUAUUGAAUGCCAAUUGAAACAAUACGAAUAUGCAGAUAGUGAAUUUCAAACCUCAAAAACUUCAUUGUCUGCAGUGGAAAUUGAAGCAACAAGGCUUAUAUCAACCAAUGACGAAUGUGGUAUUCCUCAGAACUUGACCAGUCGAAAGUGUGAAUUACAAUUUAACGGUAAUAACACUCAAACCUUGUCCUACGAACGUGAUCUACUUUCUGAAAACAAGCCACUGAAUUCAUCAACCUCCUCAUUACCUCCCUUCAUAGAGGGUGAUGAGGAAGUUUCUACUCCAUGUGUUUCUCUUGAAUGCACAACAGCGCCUAGUUCUGAUUGUAUUGUUGCUCCAUUUGUUUCUCGUUGUUCAAGCAUGACUGAAAUUCCUCUUCGCAUAUCUACUCGACAAAAAUCUCGGCCUCAUAGAUACCGAGAUACCGAUGACGAUUUGAAUAUGAGACAUGCAAGAAUGACGAAAGCGAGAUCCAGCUCAACCAAACUUAGAAAACCAUUGAUCAAUGCAGUAAGAUCUGUUAAUGUGGAGCCCGUCGUUGAAUGUGAAAGUUUGGAAAGUUAUCAUGUCGAUGACGUAGAAGGUAUCCCUAUUUUUUCAUUUGUUAACUCUGAGGAUCUUGUCAAGUUUUGUGCUGAUCAGCUAUAAGAUACCCUAUCGAAUGUCAGUUUACAUCGAUAUAGCUGCAUACAAUAUGCAACCGUUUUUCUUUUUGAAUUAAUCAGAUAGUACCGAACCACGUGGUUUUCUACUUGAACAGCGAUUAACCUGGAUUAACCAGAAAUAUUUUAUUGUUUUGUUUUUUGUUUUUUGCUAUUUUUUUUUCUCUUUCUACUUUUUGUUUAGUAAAGCAAUUACCAAUGGUCAUUUUGAAUUUAUGUAGUUUAUGGUUUUGUGCUACAUAUUCAUUGUUCAACUUAGAUUUGUUAAUUCAUUAGAUUAAAAUUUCGGGAAUGCUAACUUGAUCGUUCUAAAUUAAGACGAAUAUUGCCUGAAACUGGACGAUUCAAACCAGUCAACAUUAUCAAUAAAAAACUCUAAUUUU